AUAUAUUUGUAUAUUUAUACAUUCGCUAAGGCCUAAUGCUAUGCUACUUUGUAUUUCUCCAGACACUACCACAUAUUGAUACUAGAGAGGGAAGAAGUGGUGGAUAUGGAGAUAAUCCUCAGCUGCAGCUCCCCCGCCUGGAAUCAUCCAUCCUUCCCUUACCCUUUCUCCCGUAUUUACGCCCCAACUCAUGUUUAUCCGCCACUCUUCCCAACUUCAAUUUUCUCCCUCAAACCUAAAAUUUCAGCACGUCGAAAGCUCGUUUCUACCGCAAUCCUGGAGAACAGCGCUUCAGAUGCAGUCGCGACAAAGGCUGUUGAGGAUGAUCAACCUCUAGCAGUCAAAAAGCUAGCCUCAGAGAUAUCCCUUGAUUUAAAGGGAACUUCCAUAUUUCUUGUUGGAAUAAACAACUCCUAUAAAUUGAGUUUGGGAAGGAUUCUUGCCGAUGCAUUACGGUACUAUUAUUUUGACAGUGAUAGUCUGGUGGAGGAAGCCUAUGGAGGAAAAACUGCUGCCAUAUCAUACAUAGAGAGAGAUGAGGAGGGAUAUCUUGCAUCUGAGACGGAAGUACUGAAGCAGUUGUCGUCGAUGGGUCGGCUGGUUGUUUGUGCUGGAAAUGGAGCUGUUAAAAGUGCAACGAAUUUGGCACUACUGAGGCAUGGAAUUUCAAUAUGGAUUGAUGUGCCAUUAGAUUUGGUGGCAAGAGAGAUAAUGGAAGAUAGAAUUCAACUUUCUGCCUCUGAUACGCCAAUAUGCAAGUCUUCUUCGGAGGUUCUGGCUCAAAUGACUGCAUUAUAUAAUAGUGCGCGAAGUGGAUAUUCUACAGCUGAUGCAACCAUUUCACUCCAGAAAGUAGCUUCUCAAUUGGGUUAUGAUGAACUGGAUGCCGUGACUUCAGAGGAUUUGUGUAUGGAGGUUCUUAAGGAGGUAGGAAGAUUGAUGAGAGUUAAAAAGAUGAUGGAAGAGGCUGCCAGACCAUUUUAGCCCAGCACAUGAAAUGGCUAAAUAUUUGUGAACGGUGUGUCGCUAAUCCAUAUAAUGAAUUGUGUUAGGCAGUGAUUCUGAUAUUAUAUUUACAUGAAGGAAGCACUAGUGAGGAUAAAACUGUUGCUUGAGAAAGAGGGCGGGAAACCCGGAUAAUUGAGGAGCUGAGUUGCUAUUAGAUUUUAGCACAAUUAAUGGUGUUGCAGGAGAUGGAUCAAGUUGGCUGAUUGAUGAAAGUUUGAGCUUCCUCCUCUAUUUUAAAGUUGACGGUCUUUGCCUGCAUUUAUCUGGUACGACUGGAUUAUUAGGAUUUCUUUUAUUUAAGUUGUAUGCUUCAACUAAUUGGUGUAUUCUUGUGUGUGUGAAAGUAGCUUUCGGAACUGGUUGUACAUUGCAUUCGUUGAUGCACGCAGUACAUUUAUCAUACAAACAUACAUAUACACACACACAUAGUAAACUACGCUACAAAGUUGGUUUCUA